UUCUCCCCAGGUAGCAGGACUGUCCACCAGGUUCAGGUUUGGACCUCCAGAGGAUUUGCUGCAACAAACCACAGCUUCACACUCUGACCUGGGACAGCUGGCUUCUCAAGGAGGGCUGGGAAUGUACGAGUCUCCUCUUUUCCUGGCUGCUCACGAUGAAGAUGGAGGAGGAAGAAGUGUCCCUACUACACCUUUACAGGUGGCUGCACCAGACAGUUGUGACAACAUGGCCUCCCAGUCUGUUCCCACCGUGACUGCGUCCUCUGGGAUUGCUGCUGCAGCAGAUGAUGGAGAUGAAGUCUUCAUGGAGCAGGAAGGAGAUGGCUCAGGUGUUGAAUCUUCUUUGGAGAGCCAGACAGACAUGGAGCCAGCUGUGCAGCAGAGUGAUGAUGCUGCCCUUCCAUCUACCAGCCAAGACCCUGACACCAGCGGUGUGACUCUGCGCCGCACGGUGACCAGUCAGCCUCUGAUGAGCAGCCUGUCGGGCAGAGGAGCCAGAGGAGGGAGGCUAUUCAGCCGCAGAGGAACUUUUCCACGAGGAGGAAGAGGAGGAGCCAUGGGCAGAGGAGGUAUCGCCUAAUGAUGAUGUCAUCUGUCAUUUCAUCAAUGAGGACAAAAACACAACGAUCACAAACUCAAGGAAUCUUUAGUUAAUUUCAAGUCAAUACGAGAAUGUUCUGAUCACUUUCUUAUUUGUGAGUUCAGACUCUUGGUGAGACUGAAUUUUAGGUUUUAUCAUUUUAGUUUUAAUGUUCAUAUUUUUGUUUGUGUUGCUGUGUUUGGCUGAUAUUAAAAGGGUUUUUAAUAAUAAAGCAGGACAAGAAAUAGCAGCAAUGUCUU